AUGGCUCCCUCUAAGCCAAAGGCCGGUCAUGUCAAUAUGAUGGCGGAUACCAACAUCGCCAACCUGCCCAUCGAAGGACUGCGGGCAGUCAUGCGUGGGAUUCUGGCUAAUAGACCUGACUGCACGCCCGUGUUUGAGGAGCAGACAAGACAGUAUCUGGGAGAAACGGCGUCUCGUUUCUCGAAUAUCACCGUGAUUGAUCAGGCAGCAGAUGGAUCAUUCCAAACGACAGGUGCCUUCCAGCAACUGCGAAAACGCGUUUGCUGUAUGGUAGGAUGUGGAAUGUGCUACCAGGCCCUGCCUCUCCUGCAAGAAAUUGUUGACCAGGUCUCGCAAAUUAAGCUCGGGACUGGCCAGUCGGCUAUUGUGGACCAGAUUGCGGGUGUGGAUGGGGACAUAAUCCAGGCCAUCACCGCCGUUCAAAAGACCCUCUUUGUGGAGUCAGGGUCUCGAGAUCUGUCUGAAACUGAAAGAGUUCCCUUGGAGGCGUUGUUGAAAUCUCUUACCGCUUGCAAGGCUGCUUGGGAACAGAACUCAUUACCCUUCGUGCUAGAAAGAGGUCUCGAAGCCACCAUCGAUCUGGUUAACCCUGCUCUUUCAGCUGCCCCAUCCAUCAAUGAGUCUUUCUCGGAGAAGGCUCCGCGUGCCAUCUCGGAGACCUUCCAGAUGGCAAACGUUCAACUUCCCCGCGUCUUCUCCGGUCUGUGGCAGUUGUCCAGCCCUGCGUGGGGAAUCGCACCCCGGUCCAAGAUCAUGCAGCAGUUCUCAAAGCAUGUGGAGAGUGGUCUGACUGCGUUCGACAUGGCCGACCACUAUGGUGACGCAGAGAUUUUGUUUGGCCAAUACCGAUCUUCAAGCGCAUUCUCCGAUUCCCUCUUCGCCGCAACCAAAUACUGCGUCUUCCACCCCAUGACCGUUACCGCCGACGCUAUCCGCUCGAAAGUUGAUGAGCGUUGCCAAAGACUACGCACCGACAAGAUCGACCUGUUGCAAUUCCACUGGCAAUUCUACAACGACCCCCAGUACAUUGACGCUUUGAAAUAUCUGCAGCAAGAUAGCCGAAUCCAGCAUCUUGGUCUCUGCAACUUCGAUACUGAGCAUAUGCAGAAGGCAAUCGAAAGUGGAGUCAAGGUCUACACUAACCAAGUCCAGUUCUCCCUCAUCGACUCAAGACCAACAGUCAAGAUGGUCGAGUUCUGCGACAAGCACGACAUCAAGCUCCUUACCUACGGCACUCUGCUCGGUGGAUUGCUCGCAGAAAGGUGGGUCGGCCAAGCGGCGCCGGACCUGUACGCCGAGACCAUGACCCCCAGUCUUCGCAAGUACUUCGCCAUGAUCCAGAACUGGGGUGGUUGGGAUCUAUUCCAAGAGCUCCUCCGCACUUUGCAGAGCAUUGGCCGCAAACACAAUGUCUCCGUUUCCAACGUCGCCACGCGAUGGGUUCUGGACUUCAAGUGUGUUGGAGCUGUGAUCGUGGGUGCGCGCAUGGGCGUCAGCGAGCAAUCUGAGGAGAACCUCGCCAGUCUGGGCUGGUCACUCGAUGCCGAGGACCAGGGAUUGAUCCAGGCGAUUUUGGACCGCAGUUCCAGGGCUGAGAUGUUUGAAAGUCUUGGUGACUGUGGAGGUGAAUAUCGAUGA